CUUCUCACCAAACAUGCGAUCGAUCCAUCACCCCACAUUUGAUCAGCGUCACCAGCCUGCGACGGACGAACUAAAACACCAACCCACAAAAAGCCCGACACCAGCUCAGAACUAAACCGCGAGGAAAAAAAAAAAAAUGCCGCCUCAAAUCAAACAAGACCUGAACCGGUCCGGGUGGGAAACGACCGACUUCCCGUCGGUGUGCGAGAACUGCCUGCCGGCGAACCCCUACGUCAAGAUGCUCAAGGAGGACUACGGGGCCGAGUGCAAGCUGUGCACGCGGCCGUUCACCGUGUUCAGCUGGGCGGGCGAGGGGCGGGCCCACGGGCGCAAGCGGCGGACGGGCAUCUGCCUGACGUGCGCGCGCCUCAAGAACGCGUGCCAGUGCUGCAUCAUGGACCUGCAGUACGGCCUGCCCAUCGCCAUCCGGGACAAGGCGCUCGAGCUGGUCGCGCCCGGCCCGCAGAGCGAGAUCAACCGCGAGUACUUUGCCCAGAACAACGAGCGGGCCAUCGAGGAGGGCCGCGCCGGCGUCGAGCAGUACGAGAAGGCGGACGAGAAGGCGCGGGAGCUGCUGCGGCGGCUGGCGCAGAGCAAGCCGUAUUUCAGGAAGGGGAGGGAGGUCGAUGCGGAGGGGAAUCCGGUCGGCGGGAGCGCGACGGGCGGGAAUGCGGCGGCCGGCGCGGGCCUGGGCGGUGUUGGGCCGAUACGGACGAGGGAUUCGAGAGCGGCGGCCGCGGCGGGCGCGAGGGGCGGCGCGAGAGGGGGUGGGAAAGGUGGUUCGCGGAGGCCGCCGAUUCCUCCGAAUGCCCCGCCGCCGGGGCCGAAGGACUGGCUGCCGCCGGCCGACCGGAACAUCAUGUCGCUCUUUGUCACGGGCAUCGAAGACGACCUGCCCGAGUACAAGAUCCGCGACUUCUUCAAGGCGUUCGGCAAGAUCAAGUCGCUGGUGGUGUCGCACAUGUCACACUGCGCGUUCGUCAACUACGAGACCCGCGAGGGCGCGGAGAAGGCGGCGGCCGAGUGCAAGGGACGAGCCGUCAUCGCCGGCUGCCCGAUGCGGAUCCGGUGGAGCGUGCCCAAACCGAUCGGGACGAUGGACAGGGAGGAACGGGCCGAGAUGCUGCGCGACGGCCGAUCGGCUUUUGCCCAGGCAAAUCGGAGAGGCCCGCAGAAGGCCAUCGAGGACGGAACGGCGCAGGGAGACGAGCCGGCCGCUGCGCAGGCCGACGACCUCUCCGGCCUGACCGUGGCGGCGCCGCCAGGGGCGGCCGAUGUGCAAUAUGCCAGCUUGUCUGGCAACUGAAGACAUUUUUCGUCGCUCCUGUUUUCUGUUGUAUAUGGCAUGGCGUUGGCGGUUCUUGGGGCUUGAGGAUUGGGUCACCGGUUGGUUGGAGGAAAAGGUAUCUCUGCUGCAUCGUCGCUGGGCAUUGUGUGUUCCGUUGUUACAUUGAAGGGGGUAUCAUAGACGGCUAUAAUACAGUAUAUGGGCAGUGCUCCUGCCAGGCGACCAAGUCCCGCUUGCAAACUCCUGUCGUCCGUCUUCUUAACAGGCUGUCUGUGCCGAGACCUGGAGGCGCCUCCUGCUGCUACCUCUCGGAGCAGCACUUCACGCCGUCGACCUUGACGUUCUUGUUCGCCAGCUUGAUGCUGUUGUUGUCUCCCCGUUCGGUAUACUCAUGGAUACGGAGUUCUGUGCACAGGAAACGGUUAGCGUCAAGCCCCAACAGCGAACAGCGCAUGUGACGGUCGGUGCCCGGGAGAUGGCGGAGGCGCACUCACUGUAUUUGUCCCCUUCCAGCCUCCCUUGCACGAGGUUGGUCUUCAGGAAACGGGCGACCUCCUCUGCGUGUUGAAUGGCCGGCUGUAUUGACGGAUCCGAGGCCGGCAGCGACGCCUUGUCCCGGAAGCCCUGGCGGAUCUGUUGGCGCGCAGCAUUGAGCACCCGGGUGUCGCCUGGAGAAGGGCAGCCGUACAGUAACGGCCUGUG